CCUGGACUUUCCGGUCGAAUCAAGAUGAAGCGCUCGGCCCCUGAAACGAGUACAAUCGCAGAGCCACAGGCUACACGUCGUCGUCAGGAUCCAGUGUCCUGUGGAGUGUGCCGCCGGAAGAAGCUGAAAUGCUCCCGCACGUUUCCAUGUUCGAACUGCGUAUCGCGCGGGUUGAAUUGUGAGCCUCCUGAGGCUAUGCCACGAGUGUCAGGUCAAGCAAGAAGCAGCUCAGUCGUACCUUCCGACAACUCGGUCUUAGCACAAGUAUUGGAGCGACUUCAAAAACUUGAAAACAUUGUUCUGGCGAAUGGCAAUGAGAUGCGCCGAGAUAAAACGCAAGCCGGACCUGAACCUCUACUGACCAUGCACGAGGACGUUGUACAGAAUGAUAUAUUUCAUGCCAUUAGUAGAUCUGAUUCAUCACCACAAGCCAAUGUCGAGCGACAACGCGAAGACGAAUUUCGCUCUACAGACAUCACUGCGUCGCGGCGAAUAGAUGCUGUCGAUAAUCAAGGUGAAUUCCUAUUCACUUCUGCCGGAGUGUCGGAGAUCGCAUUCGACCUCAAUCUCGAGGAUCCGAUCCUGACCAAUAUUUCCGUGAAAGGCAGCAGAGUUGUUCGCCGCAUCUGUUUGCCUGCCAGGGAAGAAGCCAAUAUCCUCUUCCAGUCGUACGACAAGUCACUCGGGUCAUGGUACCACAUCUAUCACAGGCAGACGGUUGAAGCUUUGAUUGACGAGACCUACUGUCGAAUCGUCCGUGGCCAGGCUCCUAGUCUCUCACACGCUGCUCUUCUGUUAAGCAUCUUCGUCAGCGGAGCAUACUUCCAAGCACUCGCUGAAUGGCCGGAGAGUGUGUUUCCUGGUUCACAAGAAGCCAACCGAUUAUCCACGAGUUGGAAACAAAACGCCCUCGACAUCCUAGACCACCUCGAGCGUACCACAACCACUUCGAUUGAACAGCUGCAGGCUACUAUCAUCAUGUCUUUGAUGAUGCAAAACUUUGAAGGGCUUUCCAAGAAGUUUUGGCUGCUCCACUGUACUUCAAUAACUCUCGCUAAGGACUUGUCCAUACACGUGUUGGACCUUCCAUCCAGGGUCAAGCCAGGAAACAAGAUCGAGGGCGAGGUAAAGAGAAGGAUCUGGUGGUAUCUCGCAACCACGGAUUGGCUGCUGGGGAGCAUGCCCAGCCCACAGGAAGGUACCUAUAGCAUUCAUCCAAGACAUGCCCAUGUGAAUCGACCCAUGAAUAUCAACGACGAUGAGCUUCUCCACGAAGAGGAAACCAGCGACAAGCCGCUCACUGAACCGACCGAGAUGUCAUACUUUUUGGUCAGGACGGUUGGAGGAGAAAUGUGCCGUAUCCUGGCUGAUCUCGUCCACCCACUAGCCUCUGGCGUCAACAGCGUCGAUUACGACGAAAUUGUCGCUCUCGAGAAACGGACUGCAGGACUGAAAGACGACCUACCUUUCUAUUUUCAACUUGACGAAGAGAGUCGCCGACGAACAGAGCCAUAUCUCAGCAAGUAUCCACAGCUGGCGACGCAGAAGUAUCUCCUACAGCAAGGGCUUCAUUGCCAUCGGAGCAGAAUUCAUCGACCAUUCCUUAUUCGUGGAUCGACGAACGCAAGGUUCAAUGUCUCGCGGACAGCAUGUCUGGAAUCUGUCCGGAAGUGUAUCGAGAUCUGUCGACUAUUGCGUCAUGAGAAGAGAGACGCGGUGCUCCCAAUCACGAGGCUCAACUUCGUCCUAUACCACAUCUUCAUGGCGGCACUUACGCUGGCGCUUGAUCUGUGUUUCAACAAAUCGGCUAGCGAAGCAGAAGACCAGAGUCGAAGAGCGGAGCUCAAGGAGGCAUGCUCGAUGCUGCAAGAGUCUAGGACGGAGAUGCCGGCUGCCAACCGUUUCAUUACUGCACUGAUGGACUUAUUGCGCAAGCAUAAGAUCCAGCUGCAAGACGCUAGACCGAAGAACCAGUACCUGACACCGUCUGAAUCUACAGCGACGCCAGCUGUGCAGCCCACUGGUAUGGUAAUUGUUCCUCCUGCUCAGAACGAGGUAGCUCAGUCGCAUGGGCCGCCGGAGUGGAAUACUUCACUCGAUCCGGUUCCGGACCUUGAGCUUGACAAGCUGUGGGAAGAAUUCAUCAACAUGGCUCCUGGAUCAAGCGCCUCAGGGUGGGAUGACCUUCUGGCCGACUUCGAUCAAGCAAGUCUGUUUAUAGGCGUAUGAUUGUGUGUUUGUCCUUCUCCAACUCUUGUAGUCUUAUUCUCAUGGAUAGCGCUGAGGUACUCGAGGUUGACUGUUGGGAUUCCGAGUUAUGUCUUUGGCAAAGGUGUCACAUGUCGUGGCGUAGCAGCUGUGCAAUGCUGUGUGAUCUCCUCUUCUAUGCGAAGCACUGUUACACUUUGCAGCUGUCUCGAGACACAAGCCUUUCUGAAUCUGAAGCAGUGCCACCGGAAUCGUCUCUUCUGCAGAUUCCACUCCAAGUCCGUUGAUAUGAGAUAUAGCCGUGC